AUUAUUCUAUUAGAGGAAUGAAUUAACCUAAGAAUAAAAUGACACUAACAAGCGAUCACACUGAAAGAUUAAAAUAAUUGUAGAUUAAGAUUCAAGAAGAAAUCCGAAAUUUAGUAAGUGAAAAUUUAAUCUAAAAAUAUUCGAAUGAGGAUCAUUUGGUUAGGUUGUUAAUUGCUAGAGAAUGGAAGAUUAAUGAUGCUUUUGAAUAAUGGAAACGAUGGGUUGAGUGGAGAAAAUAGUAUAGAGCUGAUGAAAUAAAAAUUGAAGAGAUCCAAAAAGAGAUAGAUUUAAGAAAGGCUUUUUGGAAUGGAGUUGAUAAAUUAGGGAAUCCCUGUUUGAUUAUUAAAGCAAAGAGACAUUUCCCUGGUGAAAGUAAUCCUGAGACACUCAUCAGAUUCUUUUUGUAUAUGAUUGAUUAAGGAAUUCAGCAGGCAGAUAUGACUGGAACUGGGAGAAUCAGUGUGAUUUGGGAUAGAGAAGGUGUUGCAUUCAAGAAUUUUGAUUCAUCAAUGUUUACAAUAAUGAAGAAAAUAGUGACUUUAGUGUAGGAUAAUUAUGCAGAGAGACUGCAUCAAUUAUUCAUACUAUAUCCAAAUUUUCUAGUUAAAUCUGUUAUGAAUAUUGUAAGACCAUUCCUAAACGAGAAAACAAAGUCUAAGAUAAUAUUGUGUAAUCAGAUGAAGGAUCUACAAUAUUAUGUUGGUGAGAAUUAUUAGAUUUCUGAUGGUCUAAUAUAUGAGAAUAUUGAAUAAAUUUAAAUACAGAACAGUGAAGAAGAGAAAAAAUACAUAAAAGAGAUAAUAAAUUAAGAAUAAUGA